AUGGUGGCCGCGGACGCUUGGGCUCACAAGCCGCUCGUCCGGUUUCUGUCGGUGCUUCUGCUCGUGUCAGCAGUGUCGGGCUCUGCUUCUAGCGACGGGGAAGUCCGCGAGAACGAGAGUCGCCGGGCGCUCGAGACACAAGACCUUGCUUUGCCCUUGGAGAGCCAGCAGGUGUCCGUCGUGGCGGCGGCAGAGCUGUAUCCGUCGGCUACAGGCUACGGAGGCCAUAAGGGCUACGGGGGAGGAAAGGCUCACAAAGGUCACAAAGGCUACAAGGGCUCCUACCACGAUGAGUCAGGCUACAAAGGUCACGAAGGAUACAAAGGAAACAAGGGUUAUAAGGGCAGUCAUUAUGGGGACAAGGGUAAAGCUGUGUCAAAGGGUUACAAGGGCAGCGACGGCAAGAAAUACAAGGGUCAUGAUGACAAGCACAAGUAUUAUGGCAACGCUGAAAGUGGCAAGAAGGGCAAGAAAGGUCAUCAUUACGGCUCCAAAGGUCACAAAAACAAGGGUCAUAAAGACAAGGGACACAAGAACGUCUACCACAAGGAGGAGUACCACGUAAGCAAGAAAUUCUACGAUGACGACGACAUCAAGAAGUACCACAGCAAAUACGACGACUUCGACGCCUACUUCAAGGGCCACAAGGGCAAGGACUACAAGGGAGGCCACUACAAGGUGAGAUUCAGAUUUCAUUUGAUGACUAGUUCAUUCGUGGGGGGUUACCAUCACGACAAGCACGGCCACAAGGGAGAGUACACGAAGGGCAAGUACCACGAUGACCACAAGGGCCACAAGGGCCACUACGGCGACAAAGGCCACUAUGGACACAAGAGUUCCUACGGCAAGAAGGGAGGACACAAGGGGUCGUAUGGCCAUGACGACCACAAGGGAUAUGGCCAUGACGAUCACAAGGGAUAUGGCCAUGACGACCACAAGGGAUAUGGCCACGAUGACCACAAGGGAUAUGGCCACGAUGACCACAAGGGAUAUGGCCACGACGACCAUAAGGGGUAUGGCCACGGUGGAGGAUAUGGCCACGAUGAUCAUGGCCAUGGCGGAGGGUAUGGUCACGGAGGUGGGCAUGGUGGUUAUGGCCAUGAUGAUCACAAAGGAUAUGGCCACGACGACCACGGACAUGGAGGAGGAUAUGGUCAUGGCGGACAUGGCGGCUAUGGCCACGAUGAUCACAAAGGAUAUGGCCACGACCAUGGGGGAUAUGGCCAUGGAGGCGGGCACGGCCACGGGGGUUAUGGCUCUCACAGUAAACUCAAACCCGUAGCAGCACCAGCGCCAGGAUCUUCUGCUGCGCCUACAUCGUACGUCGGGAAGCCAGCGAUGUCGUCUCACAAGGGACAUCAGUACGCAGCGUUCGAGACUUUUGGUGACUUCGGUUCCUUCUCUCACAAGUCUGGCUAG